ACCGGUUGCCUUGGCAGCGGUACAGCGGCGUCUCUGCUCCCGUCCGUGGAUGACAACAAACAUGGCGGCCAGCAGCGGGGACUCAGAGACAAGAAAUGGAAUGGAAAGUGACACAGCCGUCAUGUCUCGGAAUGUUGGCAAACUGAUAGUUACUCCUCCUGACUUUUAUGGGCAACCAAAGAAAGGGCACUUGAUAUUUGAUGCCUGCUUCGAAAGUGGUAACCUUGGCAGAGUGGAUUACAUCACAGAAUUUGAGUAUGAUCUCUUUAUCAGACCUGAUACAUGUAACCCACGGUUUCGUGUCUGGUUUAACUUUACGGUGGAGAAUGUGAAAGAAUACCAGACUAUGCCUGUUUUUUUCUGA